AUGGCCAAGUCUAAGAACCACACCAACCACAACCAAAACAAGAAGGCCCACCGUAACGGUAUCAAGAAGCCCAAGACCCACAAGUACCCCUCCCUCAAGGGUGUUGAUGCCAAGUUCCUUCGCAACCAGCGUUUCGCCAAGAAGGGUACCGAGAAGGCUUUGGCCGCUGCC